AUGAGUACAAAAGAAGAACAACAAUCGAAAAGUACAUUUAAAAAGACAGUUAUAUCAUUAAAUAAUAACGGGAACGAUGGGAAACAACAAGAACAAUAUGAUGAUAGUUCAUUAGCAGCAUCAUCAACAACUAAAGAUUUGAAUCUUGAAAGUACAAGAUUAAUUUGGUAUGAUUCAAAUAUUGAUAAAACAAAUGAUACACAAAAAACAAUGAAAGAAUUCUAUGAAAUUAAUAAUUUUGUUGUAUUUUAUUCGGAUUUUGAAUCUUGUAUAAAUUAUAUUGAAUCAAUUAAAAAUGAAAAAAUUCUUCUUGUUACAUGUGGACGAGAUGCUUCAGUUAUUUUAACAAGAGUUCAUCAAUUAAAACAAGUUGAUUCGAUAUUUAUUUUUUGUUUUAAACCUGAAAAAUAUCAAUAUCUAUUAGAAAUGUAUACAAAAUUAAUUGGAAUUUAUACAAAACGUCAAGAAUUAAUUAAUUCUCUUAAAGAAAAUCUUAUUCUUAUUGAAAAACAUUUUGAAACAUUUAAUUUCUUUAAUCAACACAAAGAAAAAUCAACAAGAGAUUUAACAAAAGAAUCUGCUGAAUUUUUAUGGUUUCAAAUGUUUAAAGAUGUUAUAUUAAGGUUACCAAAAAAUAAUCAUGCUAAACAACAAAUGAUUGAAUUUUGUAAAAAUUAUUAUCGUGGUAAUGAAAAAGAAUUAAAAUAUAUUCGAGAUUUUGAACAAGAUUAUCAAUCACAUAUGGCUAUUAAAUGGUAUACAAAACAAACAUUUCUUUAUAAAAUAGUUAAUAAAGCUUUAAGAACUGAAGAUAUUGAAUUAUUACGUAUAUUUAGAUUUUUUAUUGCUGAUUUAUCAUAUAAUCUUGCAAAUGAAUAUGAAAAAUUAAAAAGACAAGGUGAAAAAUUUUUAAUUGUUUAUCGUGGAUUUAAAAUGGAUGAAAAAGAACUUGAAAUUUUAAAAAAAAAUCAAGGUUGUUUAAUAUCAACAAAUGGUUUCUUAUCAACAAGUCGUUCAAAAAAUGUUGCAAUUCAAUUUGCUAAAAAAUCACCUAUACAUUUUAAUGUUAUUCCAGUUUUAUAUGAAAUUGAAUGUAAUAUUAAAGAAUUAAAUUCAAUUAUUUUUGCUGAUAUUACUCAAUUAAGUGUUUAUGCAAAUGAAUCUGAAGUUUUAUUUGAUCUUGGAUCAACAUUUGAAAUUAUUUCUGUUAAAGAAGAUUUUCAUUUAAAUCUAUGGAUUAUUAAAUUACGAGCUACUGAUAAUGGAAUUAAAAUUGCUAAAGAAUAUAUUGAAUUAAAUAGAAAAGAAGAAGAAGAAACAAAUAUUGAACUUAUAUUUGGUAAAUUAUUAGCUGAUAUGGGACAAUAUGAUCAAGCAUUAAAAUAUUUUCAAAAUUUAUUAGUAGAUAAUCAUACAAAUAAGAAUGAUAUUGCAAAAGUAAAUAAUCUUAUUGGAACGAUCUAUUAUGAUAAAGAUGAUUUUGAACAAGCUCUUCAAUACUAUGAUUUAGCUUAUAAUUUAAUGAUCAAUGAUAAACCAACAAGAAUAAAAGAUUCAGUAAAACCAUUAAUAAAUAUAGCUGUUCUUUUUCAUCGAAAAGGUGAUUAUAAUGUUGCAUAUGAAGUAUAUAAAAACUCAUUAAAUAUAUUUAAUAAUUAUUAUGGAAUAGGACAUAUUAAAUCAACUAGAGUAUUUAUCAAUAUUGGUAAUAUAUUUACAGAAAUUCGUAAAUAUGCUCAUGCAUUAGAAUAUUAUCAACAAGUUUUAAAAAUUCAACAAAAAUUUUUACCAUCCUAUCAUAUUGAUACUGCUAUGACAUUGAACAAUAUUGCAGUUGUUUAUCAUAAAUUGAAUGAUAUUGAUCAUGCAUUAGAAUAUUAUCAACAAUCAUUGAAUAUGAAAGAAAAAGUACUUCCAUUCGAUCAUAAAGAUAUCCGAGUGACCAGAAAUAAUAUUGCAAAAAUAAAUAAAAAAAAAUCUCAUCUUCAAUUUAUAAGUACUGCCCAAUCUGCGCAAAAACAAUUCCAUAUUCAACCUAAAUCUAAAAGCACACCAAUGAACAGUAUUAUUGAUUAUGAUAAGUCUCUUGAUUCAGACAACUUGGUUGGGGGACCUCAACUUCAUCUCCCGGUUAUCCGUUAUCAACAAGAUCCCCUCUUAAAUCCUCAGCUUCACCAUCCAUGCAUAGUAAUAUCCGAGAAACCUGGAAUAAACAAUAUACAUGAUCCAUUCGACUACAAAACGGAAGAAAAAAGUAUGAGUGAUGAAGAUACUCCUGAACUUGACCAUACAACAUCAUUCAAGUCACAGUAUUAA